CCCGCCAUGGCGGCGGCGCGGUGAGGGCGGACGCGCUCCGGGCGCGGCGUCGGGGAGCGCGGCGAGGAUGCUGCUGGUCUAUGUGAUCCUGCUCUCGGCGCUGGCCGGCUGCUUCCUCACGCUCUUGUUCCAGCUCUUGCUUCUCUACAGGAAGAAACCGGAGCUUUCCGCGGACGCCGGAGCUUUCGACGGUCUCGUCUACGCUCGAGUCUCGCCUAGCCACAGCCUCAAGGAUUACUUCCAGGGUUCGGAGCCGCCCGGCAGUCAGGCGUCUCCUGAUCCGGCUCCCGGACCGGGCCCGGCCUCGGCACCGGCAGCCGGCGCUGCUCCCGCCGCCGCCGCCGCAGCCGCCCCGGGCCCGGAGCCCGGUGCCAAGCAGCAGCCGGAGCCCCCUCCGACCCCCUCCUCCAGCGAGGAGACGUGCCACUUCCUCAAUGCCAUCUUCCUUUUCCUCUUCAGGGAGCUCAGGGACACAGCCCUGGUCAGGAACUGGGUCACCAAGAAGAUCAAGGUGGAGUUCGAGGAGCUGCUGCAGGCCAAGAUGACGGGAAAGGUGCUGGAGGGGCUGAGCCUCCGGGACGUCUCUCUCGGCAGCGUCCUGCCCGUCUUCAAAUCGGUGAAACUCAUCCGGCCGGUGGUCUGCAACGAAGAGGGCUGCCCCGAGGAGCUGAGCUUUGAGGUAGAGCUGGAGUACAACGGUGGCUUCCACUUGGCCAUCGAUGCCGACCUGGUCUUUGGGAAGUCCGCCUACCUCUUUGUCAAGAUCUCCCGGGUGAUGGGGAAGCUGAAGUUGGUCUUCACACGCCUGCCCUUCACGCACUGGUCCUUCUCUUUUAUGGAAGAUCCCGUGAUACUCUUUGAAGUGAAGUCUCAGUUCGAAGGGAGGCCCAUGCCUCAGCUCACUUCCAUCAUCGUGAACCAGUUCAAGAAAGUUAUAAAGCGCAAGCACACCUUACCCAAUUACAAAAUCAGGUUCAAGCCAUUUUUUCCAUUUCAAGUAAUGCCCCCUGAUGACUACGAAGAUCGAGACUUAAGUAUCCAGGAUAUUCUGUUGACAGAAGGUCGACUAAAAGUCACAUUAAUGGAAUGUACAAGGUUAUUUAUGUUUGGAUCCUAUGAAAGAGAAACAAAUGUUCAUUGCACAAUGGAGCUGAGCAGUAAUGUUUGGGAAGAGAAAUCAAGAAGUUCUAUUAAAACGGCAGAACUGGUGAAAGGGAACCUGCAAAGUGUUGGGCUCACACUCCGCCUUGUGCAGUCCAAGGAAGAGGAUGCAGGCCAUGUGGUCAUUGAAACUGUGACUCCAAACUCACCUGCUGCAGCUGCUGAUCUACAGAGGGGAGACAGACUUCUGGCAAUUGGCAGUGUCAAAAUCACAUCAACUGUGCAAGUGUUGAAGCUCAUUAGACAGGCUGGGGACAGAGUUCUAGUCUUUUAUGAAAGGCCUGUUGGGUAUAAUCAGCAUGGCUCAGCACUGCAGGAUGGAUUUGGGCAGCUGGAAGACACAGCUUUCUUGACACAGACAGAAGAUGAUCAGUCUAGUUUGUCAGCUGAUGUGGAUAGCAGGGAUUUUGAUUCAGAAUUUGAGGACUUAGCUUGUGAAUCACCUGACCAAAAAGAAGAACUGCCAACAGCUGUGAGUCCCAAACGUUCAGUUGUGAUACUUGCUGCUAAACCACUUGGAACCAUAUCACCCAUCCUGAAUCGAAAACUACAUUUAGGAAGUUAUCAGACAACAUCAAAAACACAACAGAAAGAUGGAGGUAAAGUGGCAACACCCAAAACUGUUGAGAGUUCAGAUGCACCACAGCAAUCGGGUAAACAAUCCCAAGGAGCCAGUACUAAGCCUCCUGUGCCCCCUAGGCCACAAAGUAAGCCUGUUUUGCCUACUGGUGAAACUCAGAAUGUGUUAGAAAGUGGAAAUGCAUCUUCUGAAAAACCAGAAAGGCCACCUCCACCUACAAAUAACGGAGAGAAAUGUACAGAGAAGGUAGUAAAGAAUAAUGAUCAAAUAGAAGACCCGACAGUAUCAAAAGUAAUAGCAGCACCAAAACAAGAUACAUUGAAAGAUGGACUUCCAGAAAAUACACGUAGUUCCAAAGAUAGUGUAGAUGAUCAUCAACCAUGGGAAUCACCAGAAAUCCCUUACAGAGUCCGGCAAGGCCGAUGGCCAAGGACAAGAACAUCCUCUUGUCUGUUUGAAGUAGAAGGAUACCAUAAGUACCUUAAUGUUGCACUGUGGUGCAGAGACCCUUUCAAAGCAGGUGGGUUCAUCUGCUUAGGAUAUGCAAGCAUAAAACUUGAAGAAAUUGCUUUAGAUUGUAUAGCUACAUCCUCAAUGGAAUAUAUUAGAACAUUUAGACUGAAUGCUCCUACACCUAAAGCAGCAGUCACUAGGACAGCCUUGCGGAAUUUGACGACCCAUAAGGGAUUCAAUGAAAAAUUUUGUUAUGGAGAUGUAACUUUACACUUCAAAUAUUUAAAAGAAGGUGAAAUUGAUGAGCCAAACUCUCUCCUGGAGAAAGAAAGGGAAUCUCACUUGGAAGAAGAAGCUCGGACACUUGAGAAAGAGGAACCUUACUUGGGACAAGUUGUAACGGAGAACAAGCAUAACUUUCAAGAUACUCAGUUUCAGAAUCCAACUUGGUGUGAUUACUGCAAAAAGAAAGUAUGGACUAAAGCAGCUUCACAGUGCAUGCUCUGUGCUUACGUUUGCCAUAAAAAAUGUCAAGAAAAAUGCCUGACUGAGAUGCCCUUUUGUGCAGGAGCUGAAAAGCGACUCGAUCGAACUGCGGGAGGUUUUAGAACAGAAGGGCAGGAAGUUCCCCAGGCUGUGGCCUCUCGUGUUGAUUCAGAAUCUAAAUCUGGUAACAGAACCACAGGUUUGACCAGGCACAUCAUCAAUACAAGCACCCGCUUGCUAAACCUUCGCCCAGUCCCCAAAACUCGCCUGACUGAACCAGGGACAGAGGUGGUGGAACCAUCACCAAAGCACACCCCAAACACUUCUGACAACGAGAGCAGUGACACUGAGAUCAGUGGGCCAAGUAGUCCCUCAAAACGUGCAGGGGGCACGGGGAUAAAGCUGGUGAGGAAGGAGGGGGGUCUGGAUGACAGCGUCUUCAUCGCCGUUAAAGAAAUCGGACGUGACCUCUACAGAAGUUUACCCACUGAGGAGCGUUUCCAGAAAUUAGAAUUUAUGCUGGAUAAGCUGCAGAACGAAAUAGACCAGGAGCUGGAAAACAAUAAUUCGCUCGUGAAAGAAGAAAAAGAGACAACGGAGGCAAGGAAAAAAGCCCUGAUUUCUGCUGCGCUGGCGAAGUCGGGUGAAAGACUGCAGGCCCUUACCCUGCUGAUGAUCCACUACAGGGCAGGAAUUGAGGAUCUAGAGUCUCUGGAGAACAUGUCACUAGAGAGACAGGCCAAAAAAGGGACUAAAGAUUCCGAGGAACCCAGUAUAGCAGAAGAAUUGGAUAACGAAGAUCUCAGUCUGACGGAGGCUCCGACAUUCAGCAUCACGUCGGAGGAAGCAGUGGAUCCCCCUCAAUCAGUAGACUGAUCUUUACCAUCUUUAGCCUUUGAAGGAAUGAACUGAAAGAAUACUUUGCACUUACUUACAAACACACACAAAUGAAAUUAAAACACUGGUAUGAUGCAUACGGCCAGCUUCUCCACGGUUAUUUGCCUGUGUAAGAGUACAGCUGAGAAUGGUUCUUCUCCAGCUACAGCACCAUCAUUUUAUUAAACUGGCUGGUUAAAGCUUCAUUUUGGGGUUUAUAUCAGAAAUUUAUUUUUAAUAACUUAUUUUUAUUGUUUUCUAAUUAUGUCACCUUACCAUUUCACAUUAUUGUGUGUGGUGUCCCUAAGGUAUUACUUCCCCCCCCACCCCCCAUUUUUUUUUCUUUGUUUUGUUUUUCUGUUUGUUGUUUUUGGUUUGUUUUUUUUUUCCUUUUUUUUCUUUUUUUUUUUUUUUUUUUUUUUGAGCUGGUGUUUUCAACAGGAAACCAGCAGGAUUUUCAGAAUGUUUAGUUACCAUUGUAUGAUGAAAAAAAAAAUUAUAAGCUUGUUGCAUGCUUAAGCUGAUAACUGACACAGAAGUCACUGAGGGACCAGGCUUUAAAACAUUGAUCACAGUUAUUGUAUGUCUGCUAGGUAGUUGUGUAUUUGUUGCCAAACAUAUCGUGAAAGCAAACAAAAAGGUCUUUCAUUUUAUCUGUUAUUAAUAUUUACUGAAGUUAAUGUUGCAUAUCAUUUGUUUUUCAUAUUUUUGUUAAAUACAAGAACUUUUCAUAGUUUGUAAUUUACAUGAAUUGUAGUAAUGCUAUGGUAAAGAAAAUUCUCCUUAGAGCUUUGGGCUAUUGUAUCCUGAUGGAAUAAUACAAGAUACAAAAGUACAAACCAGUAGCUCAUAAGAAUUCAGCUGGGAGUAUCUUUGAGAUAAGAGGCUGGUUGCUUUCCAGAACAAUAUUCUAUGUUUAAGUGUUGUUGUAUUAUUAUCUGGUGACCUGAUAAAGGAAAAUUGUUCUUCACAAGAGCUGGAGGCUUCAUUGAAUUCUAUGAAAAAGCAUAUAAUGACAGUUUAAGUAAUUAAAAAAAAAAAAAUUAAAAAAAAAUUGCUGCAGUCUUGUAUCAUUUCAGAAAGCUUAAGGUACAAAAUACUUUACAAAAUAGGUAAAUGUGUUCUCUCAAAACUUCUGAGUAAUCACAUAGUGGUUAAUUGCAUUCAGCUUCUCAAACAGAAGAAUCACCAUUGUCAGAAAAAUGUCCUAUAGUGUAUAUAACAUGUUUUAUUUGAGUCAAAAUCAGUGAGUCCAGUAGAGAUGAGGAAGAAUUUCAGCCAGCAGCUUUUGAAAAGAACUAUCUGGUCUUGUGCUAUGUGUAAACUGUGGAUCUUAUCAUCACCUGGCUAAGGCUGUUGUUCUUACUUAUUUCCUGUAAAUGUGUCUUUGUUUCAUCUUCUGUGUAUAGAAAUGCCGUAUAAAAUAUCAUCUUUAUUUUAGGUACUGUGUUAGGUACUGGUAGUAGGAAAAAAACAAACCAAACGCCUUUGUGGGAAUGGAAUUGAGUCUAAGAUGGUAAAAUAAUUCAUUGACAUUUUUCAGGCAGUCUGUAAUGUACUUCUCCAUUAAGUUUGCUUCUCAGUUUAUUUUGUGCUGGGCAAAAUAAAGCAGCAGUGGUUUUCACAGACAGAAAAGCAUCCUUGUAGUUCUAAACAUAAUGGUUACUUGAACUCAUGCGACUACUUGCACUUCUUUGUGAGUUCUGGGCAGUUGAGACUUGUUUAGUUGAUGUAUGGAAAACACUAUCCAUGCUAAAGUAGGCAUGUAACACACUUUGGAAUUAAGCUUCAGCAAAUAAUCGCACAAAAUCAGCUUCCCUUAAUGACUAAAAGUUAUUUAACCUCUACUUGCUUGAAAUGCAUAUUAAGAUUUCCCACUCCAUGUUCUCAGUGGCUUACCAUUGGUGGUGAUCUGCUUUCAAUCUCCAUCAGUGUUUGCUCUUAUGGACUAAUAUAGAGCUUUUCAAAUAUAUCCAAGUACUCCAUUGAAACCCUGGUACACAUGAAGGAGCUGUGAAAACAAUGCAAAUACUGAUUUCAAAAACACACUCGUGGCUUUCAAUUGACUUGUGUAAAACAGUGGGUAAAGAAAAGCUGGAUAUAGUUUUCCUCAUCUAGUCCUGCUAAUAAUGAUGAUUGUAAGAGAGAAAUGAAAUGUAGUGCAAUAUUUUUAAACAUACCGAAUGGGGAAAGGGCAAAAAAUAGUAGUAUUUUAGAGACAAGAGGGAAAAACCUAAAUUCCUAUCUGGCAUUACUUUCAAAAGGCAGUGAAUUUUGAGAGGAAAAUUGUAAUACUACAUUCCUGAUGUAAUCUUUGCUUCAUGCUUGACUGUAAAUAGCUGAAAAUAAAGAAUACCACAGAAAACAAGAAUAUCUUGACUUAAUGAUAUCUGAACUGGUGGCAGCUACACACAUUUGCAGAUCUGCCUAAUCUGAUUUUGUUGGCUAUUAUUUUAUCAUGAGAAUAAGCUUUAAUAAAAUAGUUUUGCUAAAUUA